CAGACUGAAUUAUUUGAAUUACAAAAUGCUAUUAAUCAAUGUAUACCAAAACAUCUUGUCAUAUCGGAACAUUGUUAUUUACAACGACCACCUUCUCUUUGUUUUACAAAUACUACUAAUAAUACUACUAAUGAAAUAAUAGCAGCAGCAGCAUCACAAAAAUACAAUGGUCAUAAUAAUAAUUUGAAAUUGACUAAUAAUGUGGAAUUAUGUCGACGUGUCUCAUCCACAUCGCUGAAUAAUGAUGGUGAUGGUGGUGGUGGUGGUGGUAAUAAAACCAGAAAAUUAUCAAGUGGUGAACCAAUUCAAGAUGGUGAAAGUGAAUGCUCAUCAUCUAAAGCAGGUUUUAUUGUACGUGUGUUUGAUUGA